AAAAAAACAAGGGGGAGUGUAUUUAACAAACAGAGGAAGUGCAAGUAGCAGUACCCAUGAGAAACAAUUUUUCACCCAACACACCAAAUUUUCUAUUUCAUUUCCCACUCCACAAAGCCCACACAGAUCAAUCCAUUCAGCCCAAUUCCUCCGCCACCCAACUCGAGCACAAUCUAAUUCCCAAAUUUCCACCCCACACGACCAAAGACGCGAACGGUGGUGGCGAUGAGUGAACGAAGCGGUUUCUGAAACCUUCAUUCAGAUUAGAAAGUUUGCUUUGGGAGGAUUGAAGUUCCGGAUUGAACUUUGGAAGGAAAUUCUAUUUCGUCACCGUUGUUAGCUAUUCUGAGCCAAUCUUCAGGUCAAACUCACUCUUGUGCUCUAUCUCUUCCUAGACAAUACUAAGCUCUCUCCCGACGUAGUUGUCGAUCACUAACCAAGUAUUUUUGUUAGCUGCACCGUUCAUUUCAGUGGAAACUGCUAACUUGAAGUAUUUUUCACUCAAUGUUCUUCAACUUCAAGAAAUAUGCAGCUGAAACAAUCAAACUCUCCUUAAAAUACAAGGUCCAUAGACUUCCUUUUGUGUACAUCCGGAGGUACAGUUAUGUGAAUGUGUAUAUGAAAUGGAAAAAGGAUUCGUACUAUGACUCAAUUGAGCUCAUCCAUGAGUCUAUUCAGCUCAAGCCAAUCAUUGCCCUAAAAAAUUGUAUUGUCCAGGAUCCAAAUGGGUGCAUUCCGAUCUCUGCUGUGUCAAAGAGGGGAUUGGAGUUAGAUGUGCCCAUGAAGGUUGCAAGAUUUAUGAGGCAAUAUCCGUCCAUUUUUCAGGAGUUUACAGGUCCCAAAUACAAUCAUCCAUGGUUCAGGUUGACACCAGAAGCUGCCGAGAUUGACGGAGAUGAGAAGAGAGUAUAUGAAGAAUGCAGGGAGGACUUAAGGUCCAGGUUGAGGAAGAUGAUAUUGAUGACCAGAGAGAAUGUUUUACCUUUAAAGAUAAUUCAAGGGAUGCAGUGGUAUUUGGGGUUGCCUAAUGAUUUUCUGCAGCACCCAGAACAAAAUCUUGAUGAAUCUUUCAGGUUUGUAGAGAUGGAAGAUGGAUUGAAGGGGUUGGCUCUUGACAGCGGAGAAAAGAUUUAUUCUGUAAUGGAGAAAAAUGCCUUGAAAAGAGGUUUGUACUCUGGGGGUCCAAUGGAAGCCAUUGAAUUUCCAUUUUUUCCAUCAAAGGGUUUAAGGUUGAGGAGGAAGAUUGAGAACUGGCUACAUGAAUUUCAGAAGCUUCCUUAUGUUUCACCUUACGAUGAUUUUUCAAACUUGCAUCCAGACAGUGACAUAGCAGAGAAAAGACUUGUGGGAGUUCUUCAUGAACUACUUUCCCUUUUUGUCGACCAUUCAGCCGAGAGGAAGAAGUUGUUUUGCCUUAAGAAGUACUUUGGGUUGCCACAGAAAGUGCAUAGAGCGUUUGAGCGACAUCCCCAUAUGUUUUAUCUAUCUUUCAGCAACAAAACUUGUACAGUCAUUCUAAAGGAAGCUUACAACAAUAAUUCGGCCAUUGAGAAGCAUCCUUUAUCGAAGGUGAGGAAGAAGUACAUCAAGUUGAUGAAGAAAUCGAAAGUAAUUUUAAGGAACAGGAGGCUGAAUAGUCAAUUCUCUAAUUGUAAUGCAAAAUUGGAUUUAAAUUCAAAUGAUUUAGAUGAAAAGGGAUGUGAGAUAGCAAGUUGCACUUUGGAACAGGUUAUGUGAAAAUUUAUAAAAGUAGGCUUAAGAUUGCUUUAUCAACAGAGAAAGAGACAACUAGCUGCUGAUUAUCAAAAGUUGAAAAUGGUCGCUCAUCUAGCGGUAUGCUAGCCUUGAGGUAUUUUUUCAAUUUCAUCUCUCUAAACCCUAAACCCAUACACACACGGUUGUGAUUAGUUUAUGUAAAAAACUGGAUUAACUCUUGAAUUCUUUAACCUAGCACAUUUUUAGGUGUUUUAACUGUUUUACGUUUGUGGUGUGGCUAUGUAUGCUACUAUACUCUGUGCCCGAACUUGUUAACAUACAAUAACAUUGUAUUUAUUCUUUGGCAA